AUGAUUUCCCCAGUCGAGCCUCGACGACCCUCGGAUGAGUCUGAGACUCCUCAUCGACAAUCUCUCCCUUCUCUCUCCGAGAUCAUCUCUGGUGGUCCAAAGCCCAGCCCGUAUCCUUCUUCUCAGGCCUCAGCCUCCAGCAUGUCGGGCUCGCAGAGCUUUCCCUCUCCCUUCGCAUCAGGGCCGCCGAGAUCCUAUCCCGAGUCGUCUGUCGACAAGAACUCACCUCGACCUCAUCAUCUCGCCUCGUCGUACGCACCCAGGCAGGAUCCGCUGCCGGCCAUUUCUGACCCCCCGAGACCACCGCCAUUCGCCGCCCGUCCGCCGCCCGCGCCUAUGAGCAGCUUCUCCGGCCCUCAACCCAGCCCGCCUCACAAAUCUGAGCAUAUGCGGGAAACCGACACAAGGGCGGCGGAGCCAGCUGGCCCGUAUGCGCAACACUCGGGACCACCUCCGCCGAUAUAUUCCCACCAACCUCAUCACCAAAGCCAGCUCCCACCAGGCCAGGUUCCUCUCCCACCUUCGUAUCCCGUUUCGCCCCGCCACGGCGACGCUCGCCACGGAGGCCCGCCUCUGACAUCGCCGUACGAAUCUCAGCGUCCUGGAGCACACGCCGAUGAACCAGAUCUUGGCCCGGCUCGCCCUCAGUACGAUCAUCGCACGCUCAACCGACACAUUGAUGCAUGGGGCUACCAGGAUUGCCUUUCUAGAAUCGCUGGAGCAACGAGGACGAUCUACAACUUCGCCGAAGCGUACGGACGAAUUGCUGCGGAGCAGCACGGUCCCCAUCCUUUGCCCGACAGGCUCCCUACAGAGAGGGAAGUGAACGACAUGCUCGACAACGUGGACUACAUCAGAAGCUCGCUCGACUCGGUGCGACAGCUCGUCAGAGACACCAACGAACGUGCACGGGCAGCCGGCAAGCAGAAGGGCUACGAGGAUGAGGACACACCGAUGUACGACGGUAUGAACAAGAACAACUACGGCAUCACCGAGGUCAAGAAGCGCCGUGGGAGAGCCGCGCCCCCCGGAAGAUGCCACAGCUGCAACAGAAUCGACACUCCCGAAUGGCGACGCGGCCCCGACGGCGCCCGGACACUGUGCAACGCUUGUGGUCUGCACUACGCCAAGUUGGAGCGGAAGCGCCAGCUCGAAGCACGACAAAUCCGCCCCAAGCCUUCCGAUGAGAGGAGCUCAAACUUGUAA